GUCGCUGCAAGGGAGAAUCGUAGCCACACCACCACCACUCCCUUCCUCUGCAAUGACCUAAAACAUCCACUCCGCAGGACUGCGAUCAAGCGGGCAUGCAAUACAGGGCAGACCUGGAUCGUUUGGUUCGCAUCCAGAGGGAUGUAUAUCUCUGACGACGGGAGAGAGUGUGUCAGCAGUUUCUUCCAGCCCAGCUGCACUUUUCCCUGCAUCUCAGAAAUCACAAACCUCUUGUCUGCUGCAGUGAGACUGAUUCUACCACAGCCUAGAGAGCAUCUCUAAAAAGGACCUGCCUUCCUCUCUUGUUCUCUCUCUCACACUGCUGUGCCAACAUAAUCUACCAAGAUGUGCGACUGCUUCCAUCUAGUACUUCCUAACUGGCCAGGAUCUCCAGCCAGUGCUUCCGGCAGACAACUGAGACCAGAGGACACUGAAGCUGAUGGUGAGGCUGAUGAGGAAGAUGAUUCUGUCACUGAAGUGACAACGGAAAACAUACGACCAAGACCACAAGGAUCCUCUCCAGUUUACGAGUACUGCAUAGAAGACGAAUACUUCAACAAAAAGCUUCAGCAAGAUAUGGAGAACAGACAAAGAAGGGAUUCUUCUAUCAAAAUGAGUGAUUCACAGGAAUCUAUGGAGGUGACCUUGCAAACAGAAGUGGAAUCUGGCGCAAGUGGAUUUAGUGUGUCUGGAGGAGGAACCGAAGGAAUAUUUGUAAAGCAAGUCCUCAAGGAAUCUCCAGCAUCGAAAUUAUUCAGUCUAAGAGAAGGAGAUCAGCUUCUGAGUGCCACAAUAUUUUUUGAGAACAUCAAAUAUGAAGAUGCGCUCAAGAUUCUGCAGUAUUCCGAGCCAUACAAAGUGCAGUUCAAUCUUAAAAGAAAGCUUGCUGGGAAGGAGCUGGAAACAAUACAUUCUGCUACACAAUCCAAAAAGGAAAAAUUAAGCCAGGAAAAGGAGAUUCUUGAAAUAUCGGAGAAGACUAUCACUGAAGAAGACAAAGCAAACUUAAUAGUGAAACAGCGAGUAGGAAGACCAAAACGCCCUAAGAAGGAUAGACUAUCCUGGCCAAAGUUCCAGUCCUUGAAAGGUAAAAAAAUUUUGGGACAUAGAAGAUCUCGAAGCACAUCAGAUGCAUAUGAGCAUGCUAUUCCAGAUGUGUCCCCAACAAGCACAGACACAGAAUCACAAUUUCUACCAGAAGAAAUCCAAGGAAAAAUUAAAAAGGGAAGUCAAAAGAAAUUAAAAUUUCCCAGUAUUGGAUUCAAGAUGAAUAGAACGAAGCAAGAACCAGAGGACAGGAUGAAAUAUGAAGUAAAAACUUUAGCAGAUUAUGAAAACAAUAAAACAAAAGAAAUUCCAGAAAACAACACAGUAGAAUCUUCGAUAACCUGGAGUCAAGAAAAACAAAGAGUGGGAUAUGAGGAUGAAAAAAAGGACAUUGGAGAACCAAAGUACGAGUUAGCAUACCAUACAACAAAGUGCCCAGAAGUAGAACUAACCAUUAAAAAGCCAAAAGAAAAGAAGGUAAAAUCCAAAGCAAUAACUUCAAAACCUGAAUGUCCAAUUAUAACAUCACAACAAACAACAAAUAUAUUAGAAAAAGAUGAAAUGAAAGUUUCACCAACCAAACAGAUAUCACAACAGUUUCCAAAAAUAAGAAGAAAAAAACAAAAGGGAUCAAAAGAAAAAAUACACACCAAAAUAGACGAUGAACUUGAACAACAAGAAGAACAAAAAAAGCUAGAAAUAAAAGACCCCAUAAUACAAACUGAAAAUAAAAAACAAGGCGAAGAAUAUGUCACAGUUCCAGGCCCUGGUGCAAUCAUGGUAACAGGUGAGGCUUCCUUGGAACUGAAAGCUCCAGAACUGCAAUUUGAUGUACCAUCUGCUGAGAUUGCUCUAGAUGGAGCUGACAGCAAGUUUAAAAUGCCCAAGUUGCAGAUGCCAAAGUUCGGAAUUUCACAACCCAAAGGGAAAGCAUCUGGCAGAGAAGAAAUCACAUUGCCUUGGGUUGAAGCAGAGGUCAGCAAACCUGAACUAAAAGCGCAAGUAACCAUCCCUUCUGUUUCUAGUGAGACGGUCCCAGCAGCGGACAUUCAGGCACCAAGCAUAGAAGUGGAGGUUGGCGAGAAAGGCAAGAUGCCCAGUGUCAAGUUGCCCAAAAUGAAGACUCCUCAAGUGGGUGUCACUCUGCCGAAAGUGGAGGCAGACAUCUCCCUUCCCAAAGCAGAAGCCCAACUGCCAGCGGGAGAGGUCUCCGUCAAGGUACCUGAUGCAGAAGGCAGCGUGGAGGGUGGCGGGAUGAAAAUACACAUGCCCAAGUUCAAGAUGCCCAGCAUGGGAUUCUCCAAGCCAGACAUCAAAGGCCCCAAGGUGGACGUGGAUGUCAGCUUGCCUAAAGCUGAUGUCACUCUUCCUACAUGUGACGUCAGUAUUUCCAAGCCUGAACUGAAAACAGGACACCUAGCUGCUGACAUCAGCGUCUCAGCACCCGAGGUCAAGGUCCCCAAGGGGGACAUUGCUUUGGAACUGAAAGCUCCAGAAGUUGACAUAGAAACACCAUCCGCAGAGAUUGCUCUGGAUGGAGCUGAUAGCAAGUUCAAAAUGCCCAAGUUCCAGAUGCCAAAAUUUGGAAUUUCUCAUUCCAAAGGCAAAGCAGCUGUCGGAGAAAUCACAUUGCCUUCGGUUGCGACUGAUUUCCUCAAGACGGAUCUAAAAGCGGAAGUCACCGUUCCCUCUGUUGCCAUCAAGACAGACAUAAAGGUCCCAGAAGUUGACAUUCCGGCACCCAGUGUGGACAUAGAGGGAGGUGAGAAGGGCAAAUAUAAAAUGCCUGAUGUCAAGAUGCCCGGUGUCAAGUUGCCCAAAAUGAAGACUCCUCAAGUGGGUGUCACUCUGCCGAAGGUGGAGGCAGACAUCUCCCUUCCCAAAGCAGAAGCCCAACUGCCAGCAGGAGAUCUCUCCGUCAAGGUACCUGAUGCAGAAGGCAGCGUGGAGGGUGGUGGGAUGAAAAUACACAUGCCCAAGUUCAAGAUGCCCAGCAUGGGAUUCUCCAAGCCAGACAUCAAAGGCCCCAAGGUGGACGUGGAUGUCAGCUUGCCUAAAGCUGAUGUCACUCUUCCUACAUGUGACGUCAGUAUUUCCAAGCCUGAACUGAAAACAGGACACCUAGCUGCUGACAUCAGCGUCUCAGCACCCGAGGUCAAGGUCCCCAAGGGGGACAUUGCUUUGGAACUGAAAGCUCCAGAAGUUGACAUAGAAACACCAUCCGCAGAGAUUGCUCUGGAUGGAGCUGACAGCAAGUUCAAAAUGCCCAAGUUCCAGAUGCCAAAAUUUGGAAUUUCUCAUUCCAAAGGCAAAGCAGCUGUCGGAGAAAUCACAUUGCCUUCGGUUGAGACUGAUAUCCCCAAGACGGAUCUAAAAGCGGAAGUCACCGUUCCCUCUGUUGCCAUCAAGACAGACAUAAAGGUCCCAGAAGUUGACAUUCAGGCACCCAGUGUGGACAUAGAGGAAGGUGAGAAGGGGAAAUUUAAAAUGCCUGAUGUCAAGAUGCCCGGUGUCAAGUUGCCCAAAAUGAAGACUCCUCAAGUGGGUGUCAUUCUGCCGAAGGUGGAGGCAGACAUCUCCCUUCCCAAAGCAGAAGCCCAACUGCCAGCGGGAGAGGUCUCCGUCAAGGUACCUGAUGCAGAAGGCAGCGUGGAGGGUGGCGGGAUGAAAAUGCACAUGCCCAAGUUCAAGAUGCCCAGCAUGGGAUUCUCCAAGCCAGACAUCAAAGGCCCCAAGGUGGACGUGGAUGUCAGCUUGCCUAAAGCUGACAUCACUCUUCCUACCUGUGACGUCAGUAUUUCCAAGCCUGAACUGAAAACAGGACACCUAGCUGCUGACAUCAGCGUCUCAGCACGCGAGGUCAAGGUCCCCAAGGGGGACAUUGCUUUGGAACUAAAAGCCCCAGAAGUUGACAUAGAAACACCGUACGCAGAGAUUGCGAUGGAUGGUGCUGACAGCAAGUUCAAAAUGCCCAAGUUCCAGAUGCCAAAGUUUGGAAUUUCUCAUCCCAAAGGGAAAGCAGCUGUCGGAGGAGAAAUCACAUUGCCUUCGGUUGAGACUGAUUUCCCCAAGACGGAUCUAAAAGCGGAAGUCACCGUUCCCUCUGUUGCCAUGAAGACAGACAUAAAGGUCCCCGAAGUUGACAUUCAGGCACCCAGUGUGGACGUAGAGGUAGGCGAGAAGGGCAAAAUUAAAAUGCCUGAUGUCAAGAUGCCCGGUGUCAAGUUGCCCAAAAUGAAGACUCCUCAAGUGGGUGUCACUCUGCCGAAGGUGGAGGCAGACAUCUCCCAUCCCAAAGCAGAAGCCCAACUGCCAGCUGGAGAGGUCUCCGUCAAGGUACCUGAUGCAGAAGGCAGUGUUGAGGGUGGCGGGAUGAAAAUGCACAUGCCCAAGUUCAAGAUGCCCAGCAUGGGAUUCUCCAAGCCAGACAUCAAAGGCCCCAAGGUGGACGUGGAUGUCAGCUUGCCUAAAGCUGAUGUCACUCUGCCUUCCUAUGAUGUCAGUAUUUCCAAGCCUGAAUUGAAAACAGGACACCUAGCUGCUGACAUCAGUGUCUCAGCACCCGAGGUCAAGGUCCCCAAGGGGGACAUUGCUUUGGAACUGAAAGCCCCAGAAGUUGACAUAGAAACACCAUCUGCAGAGAUUGCGCUGGAUGGAGCUGACAGCAAGUUCAAAAUGCCCAAGUUCCAGAUGCCAAAGUUUGGAAUUUCUCAUCCCAAAGGGAAAGCAGCUGUCGGAGGAGAAAUCACAUUGCCUUCGGUUGAGACUGAUUUCCCCAAGACGGAUCUAAAAGCGGAAGUCACCGUUCCCUCUGUUGCCAUCAAGACAGACAUAAAGGUCCCAGAAGUUGACAUUCAGGCACCCAGUGUGGAUGUAGAGGUAGGCGAGAAGGGGAAAUUUAAAAUGCCUGAUGUCAAGAUGCCCGGUGUCAAGUUGCCCAAAAUGAAGACUCCUCAAGUGGGUGUCACUCUGCCGAAGGUGGAGGCAGACAUCUCCCUUCCCAAAGCAGAAGCCCAACUGCCAGCGGGAGAGGUCUCCGUCAAGGUACCUGAUGCAGAAGGCAGCGUGGAGGGUGGUGGGAUGAAAAUACACAUGCCCAAGUUCAAGAUGCCCAGCAUGGGAUUCUCCAAGCCAGACAUCAAAGGCCCCAAGGUGGACGUGGAUGUCAGCUUGCCUAAAGCUGACGUCACUCUUCCUACCUGUGAUGUCAGUAUUUCCAAGCAUGAACUGAAAACAGGACACCUAGCUGCUGACAUCAGCGUCUCAGCACCCGAGGUCAAGGUCCCCAAGGGGGACAUUGCUUUGGAACUGAAAGCCCCAGAAGUUGACAUAGAAACACCAUCUGCAGAGAUUGCGCUGGAUGGAGCUGACAGCAAGUUCAAAAUGCCCAAGUUCCAGAUGCCAAAGUUUGGAAUUUCUCAUCCCAAAGGGAAAGCAGCUGUCGGAGGAAAAAUCACAUUGCCUUCGGUUGAGACUGAUUUCCCCAAGACGGAUCUAAAAGCGGAAGUCACCGUUCCCUCUGUUGCCAUCAAGACAGACAUAAAGGUCCCAGAAGUUGACAUUCAGGCACCCAGUGUGGAUGUAGAGGUAGGCAAGAAGGGGAAAUUUAAAAUGCCUGAUGUCAAGAUGCCCGGUGUCACGUUGCCCAAAAUGAAGACUCCUCAAGUGGGUGUCACUCUGCCGAAGGUGGAGGCAGACAUCUCCCUUCCCAAAGCAGAAGCCCAACUGCCAGCGGGAGAGGUCUCCGUCAAGGUACCUGAUGCAGAAGGCAGCGUGGAGGGUGGUGGGAUGAAAAUGCACAUGCCCAAGUUCAAGAUGCCCAGCAUGGGAUUCUCCAAGCCAGACAUCAAAGGCCCCAAGGUGGACGUGGAUGUCAGCUUGCCUAAAGCUGACAUCACUCUGCCUUCCUGUGACGUCAGUAUUUCCAAGCCUGAAUUGAAAACAGGACACCUAGCUGCUGACAUCAGCGUCUCAGCACCCGAGGUCAAGGUCCCCAAGGGGGACAUUGCUUUGGAACUGAAAGCUCCAGAAGUUGACAUAGAAACACCAUCCGCAGAGAUUGCGCUGGAUGGAGCUGACAGCAAGUUCAAAAUGCCCAAGUUCCAGAUGCCAAAGUUUGGAAUUUCUCAUCCCAAAGGGAAAGCAGCUGUCGGAGGAGAAAUCACAUUGCCUUCGGUUGAGACUGAUUUCCCCAAGACGGAUCUAAAAGCGGAAGUCACCGUUCCCUCUGUUGCCAUCAAGACAGACAUAAAGGUCCCCGAAGUUGACAUUCAGGCACCCAGUGUGGACGUAGAGGUAGGCGAGAAGGGCAAAAUUAAAAUGCCUGAUGUCAAGAUGCCCGGUGUCAAGUUGCCCAAAAUGAAGACUCCUCAAGUGGGUGUCACUCUGCCGAAGGUGGAGUCAGACAUCUCCCUUCCCAAAGCAGAAGCCCAACUGCCAGCGGGAGAGGUCUCCGUCAAGGUACCUGAUGCAGAAGGCAGCGUGGAGGGUGGUGGGAUGAAAAUACACAUGCCCAAGUUCAAGAUGCCCAGCAUGGGAUUCUCCAAGCCAGACAUCAAAGGCCCCAAGGUGGACGUGGAUGUCAGCUUGCCUAAAGCUGACGUCACUCUGCCUUCCUGUGACGUCAGUAUUUCCAAGCCUGAAUUGAAAACAGGACACCUAGCUGCUGACAUCAGCGUCUCAGCACCCGAGGUCAAGGUCCCCAAGGGGGACAUUGCUUUGGAACUGAAAGCUCCAGAAGUUGACAUAGAAACACCAUCCGCAGAGAUUGCGCUGGAUGGAGCUGACAGCAAGUUCAAAAUGCCCAAGUUCCAGAUGCCAAAGUUUGGAAUUUCUCAUCCCAAAGGGAAAGCAGCUGUCGGAGGAGAAAUCACAUUGCCUUCGGUUGAGACUGAUUUCCCCAAGACGGAUCUAAAAGCGGAAGUCACCGUUCCCUCUGUUGCCAUCAAGACAGACAUAAAGGUCCCCGAAGUUGACAUUCAGGCACCCAGUGUGGACGUAGAAGUAGGCGAGAAGGGCAAAAUUAAAAUGCCUGAUGUCAAGAUGCCCGGUGUCACGUUGCCCAAAAUGAAGACUCCUCAAGUGGGUGUCACUCUGCCGAAGGUGGAGGCAGACAUCUCCCUUCCCAAAGCAGAAGCCCAACUGCCAGCGGGAGAGGUCUCCGUCAAGGUACCUGAUGCAGAAGGCAGCGUGGAGGGUGGUGGGAUGAAAAUACACAUGCCCAAGUUCAAGAUGCCCAGCAUGGGAUUCUCCAAGCCAGACAUCAAAGGCCCCAAGGUGGACGUGGAUGUCAGCUUGCCUAAAGCUGACGUCACUCUGCCUUCCUGUGACGUCAGUAUUUCCAAGCCUGAAUUGAAAACAGGACACCUAGCUGCUGACAUCAGCGUCUCAGCACCCGAGGUCAAGGUCCCCAAGGGGGACAUUGCUUUGGAACUGAAAGCUCCAGAAGUUGACAUAGAAACACCAUCCGCAGAGAUUGCGCUGGAUGGAGCUGACAGCAAGUUCAAAAUGCCCAAGUUCCAGAUGCCAAAGUUUGGAAUUUCUCAUCCCAAAGGGAAAGCAGCUGUCGGAGGAGAAAUCACAUUGCCUUCGGUUGAGACUGAUUUCCCCAAGACGGAUCUAAAAGCGGAAGUCACCGUUCCCUCUGUUGCCAUCAAGACAGACAUAAAGGUCCCCGAAGUUGACAUUCAGGCACCCAGUGUGGACGUAGAGGUAGGCGAGAAGGGCAAAAUUAAAAUGCCUGAUGUCAAGAUGCCCGGUGUCAAGUUGCCCAAAAUGAAGACUCCUCAAGUGGGUGUCACUCUGCCGAAGGUGGAGGCAGACAUCUCCCUUCCCAAAGCAGAAGCCCAACUGCCAGCGGGAGAGGUCUCCGUCAAGGUACCUGAUGCAGAAGGCAGCGUGGAGGGUGGUGGGAUGAAAAUGCACAUGCCCAAGUUCAAGAUGCCCAGCAUGGGAUUCUCCAAGCCAGACAUCAAAGGCCCCAAGGUGGACGUGGAUGUCAGCUUGCCUAAAGCUGACGUCACUCUGCCUUCCUGUGACGUCAGUAUUUCCAAGCCUGAAUUGAAAACAGGACACCUAGCUGCUGACAUCAGCGUCUCAGCACCCGAGGUCAAGGUCCCCAAGGGGGACAUUGCUUUGGAACUGAAAGCUCCAGAAGUUGACAUAGAAACACCAUCCGCAGAGAUUGCGCUGGAUGGAGCUGACAGCAAGUUCAAAAUGCCCAAGUUCCAGAUGCCAAAGUUUGGAAUUUCUCAUCCCAAAGGGAAAGCAGCUGUCGGAGGAGAAAUCACAUUGCCUUCGGUUGAGACUGAUUUCCCCAAGACGGAUCUAAAAGCGGAAGUCACCGUUCCCUCUGUUGCCAUCAAGACAGACAUAAAGGUCCCCGAAGUUGACAUUCAGGCACCCAGUGUGGACGUAGAGGUAGGCGAGAAGGGCAAAAUUAAAAUGCCUGAUGUCAAGAUGCCCGGUGUCAAGUUGCCCAAAAUGAAGACUCCUCAAGUGGGUGUCACUCUGCCGAAGGUGGAGGCAGACAUCUCCCUUCCCAAAUCAGAAGCCCAACUGCCAGCGGGAGAGGUCUCCGUCAAGGUACCUGAUGCAGAAGGCAGCGUGGAGGGUGGUGGGAUGAAAAUGCACAUGCCCAAGUUCAAGAUGCCCAGCAUGGGAUUCUCCAAGCCAGACAUCAAAGGCCCCAAGGUGGACGUGGAUGUCAGCUUGCCUAAAGCUGACGUCACUCUGCCUUCCUGUGACGUCAGUAUUUCCAAGCCUGAAUUGAAAACAGGACACCUAGCUGCUGACAUCAGCGUCUCAGCACCCGAGGUCAAGGUCCCCAAGGGGGACAUUGCUUUGGAACUGAAAGCUCCAGAAGUUGACAUAGAAACACCAUCCGCAGAGAUUGCGCUGGAUGGAGCUGACAGCAAGUUCAAAAUGCCCAAGUUCCAGAUGCCAAAGUUUGGAAUUUCUCAUCCCAAAGGGAAAGCAGCUGUCAGAGGAGAAAUCACAUUGCCUUCGGUUGAGACUGAUUUCCCCAAGACGGAUCUAAAAGCGGAAGUCACCGUUCCCUCUGUUGCCAUCAAGACAGACAUAAAGGUCCCAGAAGUUGACAUUCAGGCACCCAGUGUGGACGUAGAGGUAGGCGAGAAGGGCAAAAUUAAAAUGCCUGAUGUCAAGAUGCCCGGUGUCAAGUUGCCCAAAAUGAAGACUCCUCAAGUGGGUGUCACUCUGCCGAAGGUGGAGGCAGACAUCUCCCUUCCCAAAGCAGAAGCCCAACUGCCAGCGGGAGAGGUCUCCGUCAAGGUACCUGAUGCAGAAGGCAGCGUGGAGGGUGGUGGGAUGAAAAUACACAUGCCCAAGUUCAAGAUGCCCAGCAUGGGAUUCUCCAAGCCAGACAUCAAAGGCCCCAAGGUGGACGUGGAUGUCAGCUUGCCUAAAGCUGAUGUCACUCUGCCUUCCUGUGACGUCAGUUUUUCCAAGCCUGAAUUGAAAACAGGACACCUAGCUGCUGACAUCAGCGUCUCAGCACCCGAGGUCAAGGUCCCCAAGGGGGACAUUGCUUUGGAACUGAAAGCUCCAGAAGUUGACAUAGAAACACCAUCCGCAGAGAUUGCGCUGGAUGGAGCUGACAGCAAGUUCAAAAUGCCCAAGUUCCAGAUGCCAAAGUUUGGAAUUUCUCAUCCCAAAGGGAAAGCAGCUGUCGGAGGAGAAAUCACAUUGCCUUCGGUUGAGACUGAUUUCCCCAAGACGGAUCUAAAAGCGGAAGUCACCGUUCCCUCUGUUGCCAUCAAGACAGACAUAAAGGUCCCAGAAGUUGACAUUCAGGCACCCAGUGUGGAUGUAGAGGUAGGCGAGAAGGGGAAAUUUAAAAUGCCUGAUGUCAAGAUGCCCGGUGUCAAGUUGCCCAAAAUGAAGACUCCUCAAGUGGGUGUCACUCUGCCGAAGGUGGAGGCAGACAUCUCCCUUCCCAAAGCAGAAGCCCAACUGCCAGCGGGAGAGGUCUCCGUCCAGGUACCUGAUGCAGAAGGCAGCGUGGAGGGUGGUGGGAUGAAAAUACACAUGCCCAAGUUCAAGAUGCCCAGCAUGGGAUUCUCCAAGCCAGACAUCAAAGGCCCCAAGGUGGACGUUGAUGUCAGCUUGCCUAAAGCUGAUGUCACUCUUCCUACCUGUGACGUCAGUAUUUCCAAGCCUGAACUGAAAACAGGACACCUAGCUGCUGACAUCAGCGUCUCAGCACCCGAGGUCAAGGUCCCCAAGGGGGACAUUGCUUUGGAACUGAAAGCCCCAGAAGUUGACAUAGAAACACCGUCCGCAGAGAUUGCGCUGGAUGGAGCUGACAGCAAGUUCAAAAUGCCCAAGUUCCAGAUGCCAAAGUUUGGAAUUUCUCAUCCCAAAGGGAAAGCAGCUGUCGGAGGAGAAAUCACAUUGCCUUCGGUUGAGACUGAUUUCCCCAAGACGGAUCUAAAAGCGGAAGUCACCGUUCCCUCUGUUGCCAUCAAGACAGACAUAAAGGUCCCAGAAGUUGACAUUCAGGCACCCAGUGUGGAUGUGGAGGUAGGCGAGAAGGGGAAAUUUAAAAUGCCUGAUGUCAAGAUGCCCGGUGUCAAGUUGCCCAAAAUGAAGACUCCUCAAGUGGGUGUCACUCUGCCGAAGGUGGAGGCAGACAUCUCCCUUCUCAAAGCAGAAGCCCAACUGCCAGCGGGAAAGGUCUCCAUCAAGGUACCUGAUGCAGAAGGCAGCGUGGCGGGUGGUGGGAUGAAAAUACACAUGCCCCAGUUCAAGGUGCCCAGCAUGGGAUUUUCCAAGCCAGACAUCAAAGACUCCAAGGUGGACGUGGAUGUCAGCUUGCCUAAAGCUGAUGUCACUCUGUCUUCCUGUGAUGUCAGUAUUUCCAAGCCUGAAUUGAAAACAGGACACCUGGCUUCUGACAUCAGCAUCUCAGCACCCGAGGUCAAGGUCCCCACAGGGGGCACUUCUUUGGAAUUGAAAGCUCCAGAAGUUGACAUAGAAACACCAUCCGCAGAGAUUGCUCUGGAUGGAGCUGACAGCAAGUUCAAAAUGCCCAAGUUCCAGAUGCCAAAGUUUGGAAUUUCUCAUCCCAAAGGGAAAGCAGCUGUCGGAGGAGAAAUCACAUUGCCUUCGGUUGAGACUGAUUUCCCCAAGACGGAUCUAAAAGCGGAAGUCACCGUUCCCUCUGUUGCCAUCAAGACAGACAUAAAGGUCCCCGAAGUUGACAUUCAGGCACCCAGUGUGGACGUAGAGGUAGGCGAGAAGGGCAAAAUUAAAAUGCCUGAUGUCAAGAUGCCCGGUGUCAAGUUGCCCAAAAUGAAGACUCCUCAAGUGGGUGUCACUCUGCCGAAGGUGGAGGCAGACAUCGCCCUUCCCAAAGCAGAAGCCCAACUGCCAGCGGGAGAGGUCUCCGUCAAGGUACCUGAUGCAGAAGGCAGCGUGGAGGGUGGUGGGAUGAAAAUACACAUGCCCAAGUUCAAGAUGCCCAGCAUGGGAUUCUCCAAGCCAGACAUCAAAGGCCCCAAGGUGGACGUGGAUGUCAGCUUACCUAAAGCUGAUGUCACUCUGCCUUCCUGUGAUGUCAGUAUUUCCAAGCCUGAACUGAAAACAGGACACCUAGCUGCUGACAUCAGCGUCUCAGCACCCGAGGUCAAGCUCCCCACAGGAGAUGCUUCUUUGGAACUGAAAGCUCCAGAAGUUGACAUAGAAACACCAUCCGCAGAGAUUGUGCUGGAUGGAGCUGAGAGCAAGUUCAAAAUGCCGAAGUUCCAGAUGCCAAAGUUUGGAAUUUCUCAUCCCAAAGGGAAAGCAGCUGUCGGAGGAGAAACCACCUUGCCUUCAGUUGAGACUGAUUUCCCCAAGACGGAUCUAAAAGCAGAAGUCACCAUUCCCUCUGUUGCCAUCAAGACAGACAUAAAGGUCCCAGAAGUCGACAUUCAGGAACCCAGUAUGGAAGUCGGCAUGGACGGCAAAAUUAAAAUGCCUGAUGUCAAGAUGCCUGGUGUCAAGUUGCCCAAAAUGAAGACUCCUCAAGUGGGUGUCACUCUGCUGAAGGCGGAGGCUGACAUCUCCCUUCCCAAAGCAGAAGCCCAACUGCCAGCGGGAGAGGUCUCCGUCAAGGUGCCUGAUUCAGAAGGCAUCUUGGAGAGUGACAGGAUGAAAAUACACAUGCCCAAGUUCAAGAUGCCCAGCAUCGGGUUUUCCAAACCAGACAUCAAAGGCCCCAAGGUGGACGUGGAUGUCAGCUUGCCUAAAGGCGAUGUCACUCUUCCUUCCUGUGACAUCGGUAUUUCCAAGCCUGAAUUGAAAACGGGCCAACUGGCUGCUGACCUCAGCCUCUCAGCACCUCAGGUCAGGGUUCCCACAGGAGAGGCUUCCUUGGAACUCAGUGUUGCAGACAUGUACAUUGAAGCACCAUCCACUGACACUGCUCUGGAUGGGGAUGGAGUUGACGGCAAGUUCAAAAUGCCCAAGUUCCAGAUGCCGAAGUUUGGAGUUUCGCAUCCCAAAGGGAAAGCUACUGUCGGGGCAGAAGUCACAUUGCCGUCAGUUGUAGCUGAGCUUCCCAAGACCGAUGUAAAAGCCGAAGUCACCAUUCCCUCUGUUGCCAUCAAGACAGACAUAAAAGUCCCCCCAGUCAACAUUCAGACACCCAGUAUGGACGUAGUAGUAGGGGAGAAGGGCAAAAUUAAAAUGCCUGAUGUCAAGAUGCCCAGUGUCAAAAUGCCCAAAAUGAAGACUCCUCAAGUGGGUGUCACUCUGCCGAAGGUGGAGGCUGAUAUCUCCCUUCCCAAAGUGGAAGCUGAACUACCUGUAGGAGAGUUCUCCAUCAAGGUUCCUGAUGCAGAAGGCAGUUUGGAGGGUGGAGGAAUGAACAUACACAUGCCGAAGUUUAAGAUGCCCAGCAUGGGAUUCUCCAAACCAGACAUCAAAGACCCCAAGGUGGACGUGGAUGUCAGCUUGCCUAAAUCUGAUGUCACUCUUCCUACAUGUGACGUCAGUAUUUCCAAGCCUGAACUGAAAAUGGGUGAAUUGGCUGCCGACCUCAGCAUCUCACCCCCUGACGUCAAGAUCUCCAUGGCUGAGGUUUCCUUUGAACUGAAAGAUCCAGACAUGCAGGUUCAAGCACCAUCCACUGACAUUGCUCUGGAUGGAGCUGACGGCAAGUUUAAAAAGCCAAGGUUCCAGAUGCCAAAGUUCGGCAUUUCACUUCCGAAAGGGAAAGCAGCUGUCGGGGGAGAAAUCACAUUGCCUUCGGUUGAAGCUGAGCUCCCCAAGACAGAUCCUAAAGCCGAAGUCACCAUUCCCUCUGUUGCCAUCAAGACAGACAUAAAGGUCCCAACAGUGGAUCUUCAGGCACCCAGUGUGGAAGUGGAGGUAGGCGAGAAGGGCAAAAUUAAAAUGCCUGAUGUCAAGAUGCCCAGUGUCCAAAUGCCCACGAUGAAGACUCCUCUCGUUGAUGUCACGCUGCCGAAGGUGGAAGCAGACAUCUCCCUACCCAAAGCAGAUCCCGAACUGCCAGCAGGAGAUUUCUCUGUCAAGGUUCCUGAUGCAGAAGGCAGCGUGGAGGGUGGAAGGAUGAAAAUACACAUGCCGAAAUUCAAGAUGCCCAGCAUGGGAUUCUCAAAACCGGAUAUCAAAGGCCCCAAAGUCGACAUGGAUAUAAGCUUGCCUACACAGAGUACAGAUCAAGUGACCAUUCAGAGUCCAGAGAUAGAAAGUGAAGUUAUUUUAGAUGACACUGUUUUUAAUGCAACUGAGAUGAAUGUUGAUGGUUCAAAGGGGAGGAUUAAGAUGCCUAAAUUUCAAAUGCCAAAAUUUGGAUUAUCACGCCCUAAAGAUAAAGUUUCCGAGAGUAAGAUCAGUAAAUUUAAAGUUGAGAUUGACAUUCCUGACAUGAAUAAUGAUGUGCAAGUCUUGGAUAUUAGGAAAUCUGAGGACCCUGAUGUAGAGACAGGUGCUUCAGGUCUCAAAAUGGAAAUUCCAUCAAUGAAAGUUCUUCAAAUACCAAAAUCUGAUGUUAAGACAUCAGAGCUAGAUGUUGGACUUCCAUCUGGACAUAUUUCUGUUGAUGAGUCAGAAGUUAGCUUUGAGGGACCAGAUUUAGAAAACAAAGAUAUACAAAUUGAAGGUUGUGAAAAAGAAAGUAAAUUUAAGAUGCCAAAAUUCAAGCUACCCUCAUUUAACUGGUCUCCAAAAAAGGAAGCAAGUGUUCCUGGUGAUAUUGAUCAAAACUUGAAGGAGACAUUUUCUACAAUUUCAGCAGCUGAAAUUGAAUCUGAAUUAACACUCACCGUAGAAGAAGUUGAGAACCAAAUUUUGGAACUGGAUUGUCAUAUGGCUCUUGACAGUGAGAAGACAAAAACUAAAAGGCCUCAGUUUAGCAUGCCAAAAAUAUCGCUUCCCAAAAUGAAAGGUCGUAAAGGUGAAAUAUCUUUGCCACAGCUUGAUGAUGACAUUACAGUUUCUAAGUCAGAAGGAGAAGGAGAAAUUUCACUACAGAUAUCAGAGAAAGAAAUCAGUGGAGGUGAUUCUAGAAAAGGCCUUAAAAUGUCCAAAGUUCAGCUCCCAAGUCUAGAACUUUCCAAACCAGAAAUUAAAGCUCCUAAAUUGGAUAUGGAAAUCAGCUUACCUAAAAGUGAUGCCCAACUUGGAACUCUUGAUGUCAGUCUUUCGAAACCGGAACCAGGUGAUACUGGUCCUGGUAUUAAUAUACCAGUUGCUGAAAUUAAGGUCCCCAUAUCAGAUGAACUGAAAGAUCCAGAAACAGGACUGGAAGGACCACCCACUCAAAUAGCUGUAGAUGGAGCAGAGAUAAAAAUUGAAAGUGUGGAAGGGAAGAUGAAAAGGCCAAAGUUCCAAAUGCCUAGGUUUGGAAUCUCAUUUUCUAAAGGUAAAGUCCCAAGUAGUGAGACUAGUUUACCCUCCAUGGAGGCUGAUGCUCCACAGUUGAAAGCGACAACAGACAUUGCAGAUAUUGCAGUGGAAGCUCCAACAGUUGAAGCUAAGUGUGACACAGCUGGUAUCGAAAAAGCUGUUUUGGAUGGAAAAAUUAAAAUGCCUCAUAUUCCUAGAGUUGGCAUAAGAGUCCCACCAGUUGGUCUUCCUGUGGCCCAGACAGAUGCAGACACCCAAGCAUCAGAUGACAUACCUAAGGAAGCAAAACUUGAGGGAGAUGCAAAGACUGAAAGUCUAGAUGCAGAAGAGAAAGAUGGACAUUUCAAAAUGCCAAAAUUCAAAUUGCCUUCAUUUAGUUGGUCACCUAAAAAAGAAACAAGCCUUAAAACCGAAAUAAAAGAACCUCUGAAAGAACCUAUUUCAUUGUCAGAUGAUACUGAUGCAGAGCUAACAGUAGUUCUGUCAGAAGAUAAAGGGGCCGAAAUGGACCUUGAUGCUGAAAUAUCUGCCAAAAAAGGCCAGGUGAAAAAGCCUCAUUUUGUCAUGCCCAAAAUCUCCCUACCUAAGCCAAAGUUGCCAAAAUCACAGGGUAGCCUAUCUAAAGUAGAGGCAGAUAUUACAGUGGAAAGAGAUGGCGCUUUGGUACAAAUACCUGAUAUAGAAAGUAGCUUUGCCAAAAGAGAAGAAGGAACAGAAAUAAGCAUUAAAAUGCCAAAAGGCUUAUCAAAACCAGAAAUCAAAUCACCACAAACAGAGAUUGAUAUUAACUUAUCCAGAGCUGAUAUUAAAGUGCCCCCUACAGAUUGUUCAUUUGAGCUGAAGAGUUCAGAAGUAGGAUUUGAAGGACCCUUUGAUGAAAUUGGUAUGGAUAGUGCAAGUAUGGAAGAUGAUGGUAAGGAAGGGAAGAUUAGAAUGCCAAAACUCCAAAUGCCAAAGUUUGGAAUUUCAGUUCCUGAAAGGAAAUUGCCAGAGAGUGAGGUCACUUUACCAAAAAUGGAAGCUGAAUAUUCUCUGUUGCAAGUUACACCAGAAUUUGAGAGACUUGGUGGAGAAGCUCCAACCCUGGAAGUUAAAGCUGAUACCAUUGAUGCAGAAAUAAAGGUUUCAACUGGAAAAAUCAAAAUACCACAAAUGCCCAAAGCUGACAUCAAAGAUUCUAGUGUGCCUGUCUGCAGCCCUGAUGAGGAGGAUAUAGAAGUACAAGGAGAACUUGAAACAAAGCCUGGAGAAAUUCAGACUGAGGAGUCUCAGGGUUGGUUUAAAAUGCCAAAGUUCAGAAUGCCUUCAUUUGGUCGUUCAUCAUCAAAGGGGAAAAAAGGAGAUGUUGAAGUUGAAAGUAGCACUGGAAAAGUUCCUGUUGCUGAAGUACAAGUUGAAAUAAAAGCUCCUGAAAUUUUAACACAAUCUGUCCAUACAGAUGCUGAAUCAUAUUCUGGAAAUGACAUUUUAGAAGGCAAAGUUAAAUUUCCUCAAGUGGAAAUUGGAGAUGGUGACGUUUCACUACAGAAAGAAAAAGUCUCUGACAUUGGCCUAUCAGUGAGUGAAGGUGGCCUUUUACAGUCUUCAGGAAAAUCAGACAGUAAAUUAGGUGCCCUGGGAACAAAAACAUAUGCAGAUAUAGUAAAACAUAGUGCUGAAGGGCUGCAUUUACAAAUGCACAAACCUUCAUUCACAGUCCCUGCAUCAGAAAUCAGUGUCCAAAAACUGGAUGUUGAUAUAAACGUACCAAAAGCAGACAUAACUCACCCAAAAUGUGAUGUGACACUUCAGCAGCACCAGGCCAAAUUAGACAUUUCAGCAGCAGAGACCAUCAAAGCAAAAGGUUCAGAGGCAGAAGCUGCACCCACUGAAAUUACUGUGGGUGGAACAGAGGGGGAAAUUGGUGUUGUUGUUGUUACAAAGGUGAAGGUAACAAGCCCAGAUGCAGUAGCAAAAACUGAAAAGAUAGAGAGCCAAACAAAAUCACCAAAAAGGGAUACUCAAGGGAAAGAGAGCAUAUUCAAGAUGCCAAAGUUCAGUGUGCCUUCAUUUGGAUGGUCCUCUACAAAAAGCACCAGCAAUGUUGCUGAAGUUAUAUCUAGCCUGGAAGAGCCUGAUGUUGCCCAUUCAGAAAUUAAAAUGGAUGCUUCAGUGAUAGAUGAAGACUUUGAAAUCAUAGAGUUCCCAGUUGAAGGCUAUGAAAAAGAUACAUCUGCAGAAAGUGAGGUGAAAGUGGAAGAGAGAGAUGGAUCAAGUAAACCAAAAUCAUCUAAAUUCAAGAUGCCGAAGUUUGGCAGUCUACGUACCAAAUCAAAGGGUUCAGACAUUCAUGCCGAACCUCCAGAAGUGGAGUCCGAGGUAUCAUUAGCUAAAACUAAAGGAGAUAUAUUAGAAGUUCAAAAGGCAGAAGGAACAGUUGACCUGAAAAGUACAAAACUAGAUUUGAUGGGGAAACCAGUAGACAUGAUAGACCAUCAAUCUGAAGAGUCAGAGCCAAUUUUCCAUAUGCCCAAGUUAAAAAUGCCCAAGUUUACACACAGCACAUCCACAGAUGAGGGUCACAUUUUGACUUCAGAUGCAACAGCUGUGAAAUGUGCUGCUAUUGAUAUUGAUGGUGAACCUAAACUGGAAUUGAGGUCUACUUUCCUUGAAGAUGAAGGAGAACCCACAGGUUAUAGUAUUCAGAAGUCAACAGUCAGGAUUACAACAUUAUCCCAACCUGCCAUCCAAAGAACACAUGUGGAAAGUAAACUCCCAUCUACAGGCUCUUCUUUUUCAGAGACUACAGUACGUAUGCAGAGGCCAAUCGAGUUCAGUGCUGGAUUUCAACAGAAAAUAUGCACCAUGGACGAUAAUAUCCAAAAGUCAAUAGCUAAAAUUACGACCCUGACUGAACCAGACAUUAAAACAACGCUUGAGAUUAAACUCCCACCUGCAGAUGUGGUAUUUCCAAGUGCAUCAAAGCAUGUUCAGGGUCCACAUGUUGAGAGUACAGAAACAAAGCUACAAGCCGGUGAGUCAGCAUUUGGCUAUGGAUAUACAGAAAGUCCCGAGACUUUCCCAAGUGAGACAGUGAGAGAAUCUGAGAUUGCUCCUUCAGAAAUCAAAACUGCCACUUAUGGGUUUUCUCUCUUCAAAGUAAAGAUCCAGGAAUCACGUGUGAACGUAGAUAUCCCAGUCAAACUGUCUUCAACAGAAUACAGAAAUGAAAUGUUUGAGGACAAGGAUCAGCAACUAAAAACUUCAGGUGAAAGUUCAGGUGAAGCAACACAAAAGACUGACUCUGCUGAACUGAAAUUAUCUCACAAAGAUCAAGAUGUAACAGACGGAACUACUGAAGGAGCAUCUUCCACUACUACUGUGACAAAGGUGAAAGAAUUUACAGUUGAAGUACAAUCUUCCAGUGAAUUUGAUAAGCAACCCAAAGAGGUUGAACCUGAGGACUUUGAAGAUACAGAUGUUGUAAGUGCUGAAGAAGAUCCAACAGAUCAAAAAGAAAAAUCUGAGAGUAAGAGAUCUUCUGGCAGGUUUAAAUUUUGGUUUCCAAAUAUUGGGUUUUCUUCCUCUGUGGAUGAGUCAUCCACAGAUUCCAAAGAUGAAGUUCAAAAAUCAUUUCCAGAAGAAACACAGCCUGAUGAGCCAUCCACGUCAGAGGGUGAUGCUGCCAAACAAACUGAAAAAACUGGAUGGUUUAGGUUCCCCAAACUAGGCUUCUCCUCUCCAACAAAAAAGAGUAAGGAAGCUGACAAAGAAGAAACAGACUCAAAAGAAAGAAAACCUGAGGAUGAAGAAAGCCCAACAGAGAAAUCAGAAACUUUUUUUGAUGCACAAGAAACCCUACCACCUAAAGAGACAACAGCAGACAAAGGGGAAACCUCGGGAACCACACCUUUGGAAGCCAUUGUUUCAUCUUCAGCAAGAACAGAACUGAUACUGCUAGAGAAAGGGAAAGCUGUACCCCAAAGCAUUCCUGAAGAGUCACCAAAAUAAGGGGAGGGAGGCAUGUUGCACUCAAAAUUCAAGCAUACGUGAACAAAGAGAUGGAGAAAAACAGUUUGAAAUAUAUAUUGAAAAAAUUUACCUUCUUUCCAGCAAAAGGAAAUAGAACAUUACUUCUGAGAAAUAUUUUAUAUUACAGUUCUGUUUUCAAGCUCAUGGAAAUGUAGAAAAAUAGGUUGUGAUGGCAAAGUUGGUUGCAUGGGAACUGUGAGGCAACAAAGACAAACAAAACUACUGAGAAACUCAGUAGAAAACUACUGAGAAAAGGUGACCAUAGUCCUAAGGAAGCCCACAAUGAUACAGUACUUUCUUCCUACCAAUUUCCUGAGAAGUGUUAUUCCUUCAAAUCUACUUAGAGGAACAAAGGCAGGACAAGACAUGAAACAAGUUCAUUUGAGAAACAGCAGUGAUUUUGCUCUAGAUUAUUUGCCUAAAGUAGUAAGCUUGUGCUGGGAGAAUAAAAAACCUAUUUCCUUUUUAAAGAUUUUUUUAAAAAACCUGUAUUUCUGCUGCUAUCUUAUGAAAAAAUAUUUUUUCAUUAUCUUAGUGCUAUGGGUGUAUUCCAGGAUCAUUUUAAAGCAUAGGCCAAAUAAAAGUAAUACUGUAGAUAUUACAAUGUUUAUUCUUCCUUACCAGUCUGGAAGCAGGAUAGCAUUUUGCCUUUUCUUUUUAAAAGCUCAGAAAUCUUGGGAGGUAAAAAAUACAUAUAAAAAUAUAUAUUGUGCAGGUUUUCAAGCAUAUCAAUCCAGUCUACAACACAGUUCAGCUGAAGCAUCAGGAGGUAAAACAACUUGCACCUCAGUCCUAAUUAUUUGCACCAGGUUACCUAGGAACAUCGGAAGCUGCCAUAUACUGAGUCAGACCACUGGUCUAUCUAGCUCAGUAUUGUCUUCACAGACUGGCAGCGGCUUCUCCAAGGUUGCAGGCAGGAAUUUCUCUCAGCCCUAUCUUGGAGAUACCAGGGAGGGAACUUGAAACCUUCUGCUCUUCCCAGAGCAGCUCCAUCCCCUGAGGGGAAUAUCUUGCAGUGCUCACACUUCUAGUCUCCCAUUCGUAUGCAACCAGGGUGCACCCUACUUAGCUAAGGGGACAAGUCAUGCUUGCUACCACAAGACCAGCUCUCCUUGCUAUAGGUUCCCUGCAGUGGUGGCAUCAUAAUGACAUGAUCUGUGAUGCUGUAUGUUAAUAAACCCAAUCUGAGCAUUUGUGUGCUAAUGUUUUAAGAUGUGUAUCAAUAUGAUUUUUGGAGUUGUCUGUGUGCCAAAUAUCAGGGCCUGCUGACAUGGCUAUUUGAAUGUGUGGCAGUCAGAAAAAGCACUGCCUGCGUUCAUGACCAUUCUGCAGCAAUUUAGUCUAUUGGGAUCCAUGAAAAGUUUCCAUGCAAAUACCCCAAUGUUAUGGGAAAACCAGCACUGGUGAUGCCACUUUAGAUACCUUUAAACACACACACACCCCUCCCUUUGCAGUGGUGAACCAAAAGCUGGAUCCUGCACAUCUGCAGAUGCACUCAACCAGCUUGCUGCCGGCUAAUGCAAGGCUUUCCCUGUGGCUGCCAUGCCACCAGCUAGUUGUCUGACUGGUUCUCAGUUUUAGGGUGGCAGACAGAAGAUAAAUACAAUUUACUAAGUAAGAACUUACCAUGGUGCAAGUUAGGUUGGUUGCAUUAUCUUGCCAAAUGGUUAAAAUUUAACCAUUUCCCUGGUUCCUCAGAUUUCUGUUCAGGUGCAGAAAUGUGAUAAGAAUUUGCCAUAGCAUUUGGCAGGACACAGGUGCUAUAGCUAAAUAGUAAAGCAUCUGCUUUGCACCAGAAUGCCCCAGGUUCAGAGACUGUCAUCUCCAGGUAGAGAUGGGAAAGACUCCUGCCUGGAACCUUGGAGAGCCAUUGCCAGUCUGUAGAGACAAUCCUGAACUAGAUGGACCAGUGGUCUGACUCAGUAUAAGGCAGCUUCUUAUGCUGACAAUGCUAAAUGCACACAUGCCAUGGUAGGGUACCAUUUGUCAGUGGUUAUCUAUUGUAAUUCAAUGACAAUCAUCUACCAAGUGUUGAUUCACGACAGUGUGGAUGUAACCACUCAGUAAACUUGUUUUUGUACCGUACUGCACAUGGUAAAGAGAAUUCCCCCCGCAUAUCAAGAACAGAUGUUUGGUGACAUGGUCAUCCGCCAUCACUCUCCAUCCCAAGACCUGUAUUGGACAGAUCCAAUCCCAAUUUUCCCCCUAAAGUGUAUUGGGAUAAAACUGACAUGAAACCCAUCUAGCUAUUUAAAAGUGUUAUUCAUUGACAUUGAUCCUAAGAUUGGGGGUCUUGAUAAACCAACCAUCUUGAUAAAAAGGAAUUCCAGAAUUAGAUUUCAGCCCCAUUCCAUCCAUCGAGCUUGGAAUGGCUUCAAGCCAAGUACUUCACUGUGACUGGAUUGUAGACUGCGAUUCAAGCGACUUCAGAAACGACACGAAUAGUUGGGAGUUUAGCCUCCUGGAGCAUAUAUGGAAUGGAGCAUAUGCAAAUAGCUUAAAGGCAUUCCCAGAGAUGUAAGUUGUAAAUAGUUAUUUGCCUAUUGGGUUAUAUGAAUGUUUCUUACAAGUAUGUAGCCAACAAGUUGGUACAUACUGGUUAAACAUUGUGUUUGUGUAUGACAAGAAUGUUGAAUGUAUUCUAGCUAUACUCCUGAUAUGGAAAUAAAUGUAGUAUCGUUA